AUGGCUGUACGCACUUUGGCAGAUACAUUCAAGGAGGAGGAACCUAUUGGAGCACAGUUAAUUAACUGUCGCAUGUACAUGGAUGAUGUGAUUGAAUCAUUUGAUAAGAGUGAAUUAGCUAUUGCAGCCAUGGAUCAGGUGGAUCGGAGAUUUGGAAAGGGCUCCUUCAGAAUAAAAGAAUGGCAUUCUAAUGACCCCUCUGUUGACGGAUGCCCAGAAGACAAGCAAACACGAGUUUUGGGUCAUGUAUGGGAUAAGGCUACGGAUAGUGUGGCUAUUCAGCUAGACAAAUUCAGUGAGGAGUUUUCAAAACUAACAAAGCGGAAGGUUGCUAGUUUGGUAUCAAAGUUGUGGGAUCCUACAGGUAUGUUAUCUCCUGUAAUAAUUAGAUACAAGAUUUGUCAUCAGGAUUUAUGGGCUAGUGGAGUUGGUUGGGAUGAUGAAUUGAGUGAAGAACAAAUCAAAAUGUGGAAGGGAUAUGUUCAUGAAAUGAAUCAACUAAUUGGAUUUAGACUAGAUCGGAUGAUAAAGCCAGAAGAUUCUCUAGGCGACCCUCAACUUCAUGGAUUUAGUGAUGCCAGUAAAUCUGCCCUAGGUUCUGUGAUCUGGCUGAAAUGGAAUACUUCUCAUGGAGUAGAACUGAAAUUUGUCAUCGCAAAGUCUUUAGUGGCUCCGUUGAAACAGCGUUCUAUUCCACGUCUUGAGCUUACUGCUGCUGUGGUUAUGGCUAGACUUGCCUUGCUUGUUUUGCAAGUGGUUGACAGGGUUAGUACCAUGAAAUUUUGGACCGAUUCAGAAGUAGUGUUGGCCUGGGUUCGCUCUCCUGCUAGAACCUUUAAACCAUUUGUGUCAGCUAGAGUUCAGGAGAUUCAGGAUGUUUUGCCAUGA